ACGAUGAGAAACUUCAUGCCUCGAGCCGCCCGUAUGACACUUCAGAAAACGUGCCAGAAUGUUUACACGGAAGUGACGCCGUGUUUUGAAGCCUGAGUCGAGUCACGUACUUGUACUGUUGCUGGAUAGGACAUACACAAAGCUAUUGUCUUAGCUUUAAAUCAUAAUUUAUCAACCUUCGCUGAAGGAUGUUGGAGCAUGCAAUCAGAAUGAAAGAGCGAGUUGGAUCAGCGAACAAGCUUCGGAAUUAUGAUACGGACGGCUACAUAAAGCGGGCCGGCUGCAUAUGCUUCAGAACAAACCAUGCAAAGGAAAUUCUGUUGGUAACAAGCAACAGGUAUCCAGAUAAGUGGAUAGUGCCAGCGGGAGGAGUAGAAGCUGGAGAAAGAUUCCAAGAUGCAGCUGUUCGAGAGGUUUUUGAGGAAGCUGGAGUGCGUGGAAAUAUUAUGCAGUGUCUUGGAGUGUUUCAGAAUGAAACAAGCAAGACAAGAACAAAGAUGUAUGUUCUGCAUGUAACAGAAGAGUGUGAUUACUGGGAUGACGCCGCAAAAGGUAUCUCUUGUUACGUUCUGACGUGGAUCUGCUGGAAACGUGCCGUAUAGGAAAACUAUGGGGAAGAGCCAUUUACCAAUGACACAUCACGAAACCUCAAAUGCCCAAAAAAAUUUGAGAUCUUUCUGAGAAGAAUAUCUUAUCUAGUUUGAUUUUCAAUCUGGUAAAGUUUCUUCUUAAUCAGAAUGAAAAGUACUUGUCAAUAAGUGAGUUACGUCGAGGCAUUAAAAAGCAACCUAUAUCAGAAAAUAGGCUUUGGUUAGUCAUCGUGGUAGAUAACCCUUUCAAAAGAGAAAUGUAAUCGAUUGUCUCACGAUGCGAGAUGCUUUGGA